GCAACCCUGUAAUAACAACAAACAGCACAGUAACAGGACAGACCCAGAGACAGAGACGGGAAUGUGAGCGUCUGGACCGCGCGUGAGGAGGUUUGCCAGGGUUUUCCAGCAUGUUUGGGAAGAAGAAGAAACGCUUGGAGAUCUCUGCGCCGUCCAACUUCGAGCACCGCGUCCACACGGGAUUCGACCCCCGGGAGCAGAAGUUCACCGGUCUGCCCCAGCAAUGGCAGAGCCUGCUGGCCGACACCGCCAACAGACCCAAGCCCAUGGUCGACCCGUCCUACAUCACCCCCAUACAGCUCGCCCCCAUGAAGAUAUCUCCCAAGAAAGUGCGGCCGUCUGAAACGCCUUUGGUUAAAACCAUAGUUCGAGGAAACCGACCGCCCAAAGACGCUUCCAUCAACGGUUUACUGGAAGAAUUCGACAACAUCUCCGUGACCCGGUCCAACUCCCUCAGAAAAGAAAGCCCGCCGGGACCGCACCAGGCCGGACCCCCCUCCAAACCGCUCAUCGGCAGCUUGCCCGGGGGUCCCGAAGAAAACGGAUUCAGCCAUUACUAUUCCCGCUACUCCUGCGAUCUGGACACGUCGAGCAGGGACUUUGCGCUGGACCCUGGCAAACCGAGCUUUUCCAUCGACGGCGAAUGGGCGGUGGGACGGCAUUACCGAUUCACCAAACAAAACGGACACUCGCAUCCGAUUCGUAGUCCGUUCUAUCCCGACGCUAUGCCGCAAAAGUCGGACUACGGCAAGCUCCCGCCGGACUACCACACGUACCUGGAAAGCAAGGGACGUUCUGCUGAUGAAGUAGCGUCGACGGUGGGUAGCGGGGUGGGGUCGAGCGGGUACUACCGGGCGUCAGUCGGAGGAUCGUCCAGUCAGGAUUACAGGGAAACGUCAGUGGGGACGCCGUCUCGAGCGUCCCUACACAGCGAGCAGAUCACGUACCCGGAUAGCGAUUGGAGUUAUGGCGGAUUAAGAGACGAUUACGACAAGAGGCCGAAGAGUUCUUACGUGUCGCAAACGAGUCCGACCCCGGCGAUCAGGCAGAGGUCGAGGUCUGGGUCUGGGCUUCAAGAACCAAACGUUCCGUACGCGGCGAGCGGCGGGCUAAGGAACCCUCCGCAGGCGCAUUCGUACAGCUCCUACACCUAUCCAAGGCUGUCGGAAAGUCUGGCCAAUUCGCAGACGCUCGGGAAGAGCGAUUACGAGCGUCAGUCGCGAGACACCAGCCCUCAGGUGCUCAGUGGAGACACGUACCCGCGUGGGCCUCUCAAACUACCUCAGAGCCACCCCAAACCGCCAGGGUACCCCCCGGCUCACCUGCCGCCGCACCUGCCGUACCCGCCCGUGUUCCACCACUACAAGCCCUCGCCCUACCACCACCCGCCGUCCCAGCCCAGCCCCCCCUACACCCCACAGGGGGCGUACUCCCAGCCCUCGUCGCCGUACAUCCCCCCGGGUGCAUACCCUCCACCCUCAUGGGGCUCCAGCUCAGACACCCAGCCCUCCAGAGUGUCCCAUGAACAGUUCAGAGCCGCGCUGCAGCUGGUCGUCAACCCAGGUGACCCCCGGGAGUACCUGGACAGCUUCAUAAAGAUCGGGGAGGGCUCCACGGGGAUCGUGUGCAUCGCCAGCGAGAAGCACAGCGGCAAACAGGUGGCGGUGAAGAAGAUGGACCUGAGGAAACAGCAGAGACGAGAGCUGCUCUUCAACGAGGUGGUGAUAAUGCGAGAUUAUCACCAUGACAACGUGGUGGACAUGUACAACAGUUACCUGGUCGGAGACGAGCUGUGGGUUGUCAUGGAGUUUCUGGAGGGAGGGGCUCUGACCGACAUCGUCACUCACACCAGGAUGAACGAGGAGCAGAUUGCGACGGUGUGUCUGUCUGUGCUGAGGGCUCUGUCGUACCUCCACACUCAGGGCGUCAUCCACAGAGACAUCAAGAGCGACUCCAUCCUUCUCACCAGCGACGGCAGGAUCAAACUGUCAGACUUUGGCUUCUGCGCCCAAGUCUCCAAAGAGGUGCCCAAGAGGAAGUCUCUGGUUGGCACCCCCUACUGGAUGGCCCCGGAAGUCAUCUCACGGCUCCCGUACGGCACAGAGGUGGACAUCUGGUCUCUGGGCAUCAUGGUGAUUGAGAUGGUGGAUGGAGAGCCGCCGUACUUCAAUGAGCCCCCCCUACAGGCCAUGAGGAGGAUACGCGACAACUUGCCACCAAGGCUAAAGGAGUCGCAUAAGGUGUCAUCUGUGCUCCGAUCCUUCUUGGACCGCAUGUUGGUGAGAGAACCAUCUCAACGCUCCACAGCCCAAGACUUGCUCCAGCAUCCCUUCCUCAAAAUGUCCGGACCCCCGUCGUGUAUCGUCCCCCUUAUGAGGCACUACAGGCACCGCUGACCCCCUCUCUCCUCCCCCUUCUGUCUGCUCCCAAACUAACACCCCCCGCGCAAGACUCUGCUCCACACCACCGGGGGGGCACUUCUGCGAAACAGGGCAACACUACGGUGUGCCACGAACUCUCACAAAAGUUGACGUAGAUUAGCUAGAGGAAUAUAUAACCACGUACACAAGGAAGAAGACAUUUUGAAGCUAGAGGAAUGACGUUUGCUAGUAGUUCUAAGCUUCUGAGCUAGUCCUGAUCAAGAUGCGAGCUCGAGAUCCGGAGAUGGGUCCCUUGGGUGCUCUGGACAGGUUGCCCCGGCGGCUUUGAAGGAAGGACGGGUCAAAUGCAGAGGACGAAAUUUCUUACGAACUUGAACAUAGAAGCGUUUUUCUCUCUUCCUUAACAAGAACUCUUCAGUGUAGAGUUUUGAUAGCCAUCAGUCUCAAAAUGGACGACGAUACUGGCUGUGAAUAUCCAGUUAUAUUCACAAAAUUAACUGUCAAAAUGUAUUUUAGAAAGGCAUUUUCUUCUGUACAGUUUUGAUAAUUUGCAAAUUUUAUCGUGUCGUAACCAUUGUGAUAUGAACAGUAUUAAAUCUAGAGAUCUUUUUCCUACUGUUUAUAAUCCAACUUUUUUGCUUAAAGAUCAUAUAAAAAGAGUUAUCCCAAAAAUAAACCCAACUUAAGCUAAAUGUUAUUAAAAUACUAAAUAUAUUUAUUAUUAUCUCAAUAUUUGUAGACAGAACUUCCAUUUUGAUGUUGGGGGUUAAAGGGUUAAAACUGUUUUGUACAUUUGGAAUAUUUAUUUAUUUAUUUAUUGGAACUAAAGGAUUUUUUUUUUUGUUUUUGUUUAAGUAGGAUGGAUUUCUGUUUUGGUGUUUUGGUGAUUUCUUUUUUUUGGGGGGUGGGGGAUUUGACAUUUUUAAAAGUUGGCAUAGAGCUAAUUCAUUGGAGCAAUACCCAGUUAUGAACACGUGAUAAACCUUGUACUGUUUCAGACGCUGUAACUGACUCAAUGUAGCACAGAAUGAGUAGUUUUGGACUUCAGCUCAAAAUGUGAUUCUAUGCCAACGUGUUUUUAUAAUAGAAGUUUCAUUGUUUGUCAAAGAUCGCUUUAAAAACAAAACAAAAAACGUUGACGCACAUAUUUUACUCACAGUGCAAAAACAAAAUGGCUACUUGAGUUUAAAUGACUUGAAUUAAUAAGUAAGUUUAGAACAAUGUGGGUGUAGUGUCUUGCCCAUAGACUGUGUACAGAAAUGGACUAAGCGAGUGUGACGUCAACGAUGGAGUGAAACUUAUCCAGGCUAGAGCGGUUAUAGCGGCAAAUUAGGAGCAGAGUUCUGUAUUUGCGAGUAUCAUAGCAACCAAAGAGCCAAUCUGGAGCGAGGCUGUUGACGAUAACGCCUCUUUCCACCCGCACCGGCCAUUUAGCAGAGAGCAGAUAUUUAGCAACGCUGUCAAACCUGUUGCUAACACUAGUGGGAGCAACCUUGGGAAAAGAAGGCGCCGGAUUUGUCUGUUAUUAAUGUUUAUAUCUUCAUUUACAGACACAAUAGCGAAAUAAAAACCCCAGGAUCACGUAGAGCGGGUUAAUACGAACAUUUAAGACCAAAAUGACGAGUCUGACAGCAGCAGGUACAGAGCGAGGACACAGUUUUUCAAUAGAAAGUGAAUUGGAGCCAGAGUCGAUGGCGUCAAAAGCGCGCACAUGAUCACUUCCUAUUUGGAACACGGUGCCUAGCAUGUUAGCUAUGUCCAUUUAAAUAUACAGUCUAUGGUCUUGCACAAGGACACAACAACUGCAUGUGAUUGGGCAAGGUUUGACCCAGGCACCUUCUCGUUAUCAGUUGUUCACUCAUCUCACUGUGCCACUGCCACAAGCACUACACGUUUGGACUAAUCCUUUAUUGUUCUUACCCGACUGACAAAAAUUAAAGGUUGACCAUGUAACUUCUCUGGUGGAGCCUGUGCCCAUAAAGACUUUGUGUUAUUGCCUGGAAUGAUCCACAGUGUAACUUUAAACUUCUCUAUAACGCACUGACUAAGUAACAGGGCAGUAGGACGCACAGAACUGACAUUUUAAUUCGGCCUGGUAGUGUUAACGUGCUCUUCACCAUGGAGAUAAGUUAAUGCUUUAAUUUGAAACAUUACAGGCAAAGCAGUAACAUAUUGUGACGUGGGCUCUAUCGGACCGUACUGCAAUUUUAAUUCAAACGUAAUUAAACGCACGUUACCAAGACACUAGUUUUUACACUGUUGAACCUUUGCCUGAAAAUUAAAUAAAACCACACAAAAAAAAAUUUGUUUUUAAUUUAAGUCAUUUGAACUCACGUCAUUAUAGUUUUUACAGUGCACCCUGUCGUCUGCCUCGUCUGUCACUCACCGAGACGCACCACAAACGCUGCCAUUCUCCUGUCUCUGUGCGUGUGUGUGUGUGUGUGUGUGUGUGCGUGAAUAGCGUGUCCUCUGCCCCAUACAGCACUGUGAUCUGUGUGUACAUAGGAAGAGAGAGAUGGAUGGAAAGGUGGGAGAGAGAUUGUGUGUGUGAGAGAGAAUCCUUUGCCCCGCCCUGCACUGAUGUGUAAAUACAAGUGUCUGUCAAAAAGUGGGGUGAGACAGACAGCGGUGAGAGAGAAAGAGAGAGGGAGAAAGAGUGGAGAGAGAGAGACAACAGAGAAAGCAAGAGUGUGUGUGUGUGUGUUUGUUUAUCAGAGAGCAAGAGAGAAAGGAAAAGAGAGGGAGUUUCUAUCUGUAGACAUCAGAAGGCUUGUCAUCUGUGAAUGAGUGUGAGAGGUUGAGUGAGCGAGAGAAAAGUGUGUGUGUCAAUCAGAGAAAGAGAGGAAAAGUUUCUAUCUGUAGACAUCAGAAAGCUUGUCAUCUGUUGAGUGUGUGAGAGGCUGCGAGAGUGUGUGUGUGCGAGUGGUGUUUGUGCGAGUGUGUGUAUGCGUGUAUGUGUGCGAGUGUGUGUAUGUGUGCGAGUGUGUAUGUGCGUGGGAUCCUCAGACUUGAAUGGGGGUCGUGGCCCCUGUGGCUUGUACAGUCAUAUUGCAUGUUUGUUAUCAGUGACGCUGCUUUCAAUUAAAAUCAA